GGGAGGACUGAGCACUCUUCCUCGUGGAACAAAACCCCCGUCGCGACUCCGCGCACGGGCGCGUUCGCCUUUGGCGUGCCAUGUGCGGGGCGUUCGUUGUCUUCGCUGGCUGCACCACAGCGAAGCCCGCGAAGCGAUCCGCGGGCAGAUGCCGGAGUUCUCGGCGCAGCAGAUCCUGCGGCUGUGCUCCCACUUCCAUCGAGCCUUCCUGCAGAAAGACAAGGGGCAGCUGAUCGCGCUGGCCUCCGAGCUCCAGCGACACGGGCACCUGCUGCGGCCCGCCGAGGUGUCGAUGGCCCUGAAUCACUUCGCACACUCGAAGAUCCUGGAUGAAGCCCUUUGGACGACCUUCUCAGAGACUCUCAUCCAGUCGUACAUCGAAGUAGAUUGCAAAGCGCUCGGACUGGCAGCCAACGCCUAUGCCCGUGCGAUGCUGCAGCAUGAGGAGACCUUGACGUUCCUAGCACGUCAGGUAGAGGCAGUGGCUUGGAAAGGGCAGAUGGAAGCGCGGAACCUGGCAAUGGUGGUGAAUGCUUUCUCCAAGCUCCGGCGCAGGGACGAGGAGUUGAUGGGCGCCAUCAGUUUCCAGUUGAAGUCUUCGGCCCGCGCCCUGAAUGCUGUGGAUCUGGCCACCGUGGCCAAUGGUUAUGCACGCUUAUGGCUCCACGACGCCGAGGUCUUUGAGGCCAUGCAGGAGCCGCUGAUCGACGCCUUGCCCAGCUGCAGCAUCCAGAACCUGGCGAUGAUCGCACAUGCCUAUGGCCGCUUCUUCCGCCGCGACGAACCUUUGCUCUUGGCCCUGUGCCGGCAGUUGCUGGAGCGUCAGCGGCGCUGUGGGGAGGUCAUCCCGGCCGAGAACAUGGGCUCCAUCGUGCACGCCUAUGCCACUCGCUUGCGCUUUUGCCCUGAGGAGUUCCUACGAGUCGUGGAGCAUUCGCUCCCCAAAGUCGUGAUGCAAAUGGAGUUACCGGACACCAUCCUCACCGUAGCAGCCUUGAAAAACAUGCCGAAGGAGUCCUUCGACUUCCCCCGCAUCCGCGGUCCAGUCUUUGCCCAGUGCCUGAAGUUCAUGCCCAAGCUCAUGAGCAGCGGUUUGGUCAGCGUGAUGGCCGCUGCGGUCCAUUUGGAGCAUGAGAAUCCCCAGUUCUGGACCCAGAUCUUCUGGCAAGGAAGUGUGGCUUCGAAGAUGUGGACAUUUCUUCAGAUCCGUUGGAUGGUGGAUGGAUGGAUUGCGUGGAGAAGGGACAGAGUCUACUCUCAGUUGAGAGAAGAGUGGCAAUGGAGGAAAAGGAUUAUGCUAAAUCGUUUCAUGUAGUGUCCGUCCCAUUUGAUUGAACAUCAACGGAAUGUCUUGGAUUGAUAGAUAUGUUCUAGAUUCUAGCACAUUAGGGUGUACCAUUCAUUGCUUUCUCACAGCCCACAAGACCGAUUACCUUGCAGCACAGCAUAUCAGUUGCAUAGGUGCAGAUGCAGAGAUGAAUCUGUGUAAGAUCCUUGAUGCUGAUUCGAGUACAAGCCGCAAUAUAACAACUGACAAAGAGAUUCGUCACUGACGCCUUGAAUGAGAAACUUUUUGGCUGUAUCAAGCGUUAUGAGAAAGAACAGGACUGGUGUGCAAGUAUCUCAAACGCAGAACGCCUGUCCAUUUACAGAAUUUGCCUGACGAAACUGGUUGUGAAUGUGUCGGAGACGGAGACGGAGGUUCUUUGGUAUGCAAAGAACAAUUGAAGCAAGCAAAGAACCGGACCCAGGCCCAUGGGCCUCGAAUUCCCUGGCCAUUGCGCAGUUGGAUGAAGUGGUGACCUAGAUGCUUUCUGGGAUGGUUCCAAGCAACCACAAUGGCAAAAGGUCGACCAAUCACUUAUGGACUGCCCGGACUGCCUGCCUGUACUGCCUUCUGUCCAUGAGACAAGUCUUGACGCACAGACGUACACAUUCAGAUGAUGUUUGGAACCAUAGAGUUUCUCACAUUUCGUCCACCAGAUGUUUGGGCCACUGGGGACUAUGCUUGUAAAUUCAACAAUAAUAAAACCAUGUUGUGCUGCAAGGCAUUUUUGGGGUUUUGAUUGCCCAAAAGCUUACUGUGCUGUGUAAAGCAUUUUGGGGUACCGUGACAGACAUCGAUUGGUUUGCAUCGCUGCACUGCCGAGAACGCACUGCACGUAUCAUAACGAAAAGAUCACUGGGCUGCGUCCUCACGCCCCUGCUCCUCCACCCCAGUUCGACGCUCCAGCAGAGUGUGUCCGCAGUGUCCCCCUGGUCCUGGUCUCCAUCCUUCGGUCCGAAGCCGCACCGACCCCAACAGGCGCUGCUUCCUUGCGCGGAAGCACCUGGCCUGCGGCGCCGGCGGCCGCCUUGGCGCUGUUGCUGGUGGAGCUGCAAGGAAGUGCAUUGGCCAAGACGGAGAUGGUGCGCCUGCAAGAGGCACUUGCAGAGUCGGUCCUUUCCGGAGGUUUCAGCGAGAUGCCUUUGGAAACCUUGAGCGAUUGGGCCAAGGCCUUGUCCAGACUGCAGGGCUUCGAGGUCUUGAAGGCAGGGAGACCUCCUUGCACGACGGUGGAAGAGCCACUUUACUGGGGAUUGGUUUCCCCCCUAAACAAUGAACAGGUGGCCGAGGUUCAUUGCCUC